AUGGAGCCACCUCCUCUCACUCAGUCUCUCUUUACCUCUCUGUCUCUCUGUAUGUGUACCCAUCAGAGUUCCCACUUCGAUCGAUUAAGCAUCGAUGAUUUCAAGGUAGAAAACGAGGUCCGACACGACUUCCCGUGCCUGUAUUGCUAUGAGGACUUCGACAUCGUGUCCUUGUGCUCCCAUCUUGAAGACGAGCACUCAUGCGAAUCUAAAACCACCGUUUGUCUCAUUUGCUCCGUUAAAGUUGCACGAGGCAUGUUAGGUCAUAUAACAAUGCAGCACGGACACUUGUUUAAGUUGCAGAGACAUCGCAGAUUGCAUAGAGUUGCUGUUCCUAAUAGUCAGGCGCUGUCUCUCCUUGGCUGUGAUCUUCACGAGGCUCAUCUCCAGCUUCUAGGGAGCGGUGGAUAUCGAUCAGAAAAUGCCAACGUGUCUAAUGCAGCAGCCACCGAUCUCCACACUAUCAUGUCCUCCUCGUCACCCUCCAUGCCCGUACAGCCGCCGCAUGUGGCUCCCUCAUCCGCUUCAAAAAUCAAGAAGGAGCUUUACCUCGCUCUGUGA